AUGCAGAGAGUUACUUCCAUGCUGCCGUCCUGGGACAGGACAAAGAAGGGCGGCAAGCACGGCUUCGAUAAAGUCUGGGGCUGGGCUGACAAGCUCGGUGCCCCGGUAAACAAGCUCACGAACAAAAUCGGCAGUGAGGCGUUUUGGCCGACCGAAUUGGACAAAGAGAGUGACAAGGCUGCGAGGAUAUUGAGGAGCUUCUGUAAGGAUGGCUUCUACAAAGAAGAGAAACUGCCGCCGAGCGAAGUCGGUCCCAACAAGAGUGCGAAGCAACGAGUACUUAUGAAGAUCCCGCCAAAUGUGGUCAAGAAUGCAGUUGGGAUGGCCAUUUUCACAACAAUGCGCUCAGGUCUUUGGAUUUCGGGUGCGGGCGGAUCUGGGGUCUUGGUCGCGCGGUUGGAAGACGGGUCGUGGUCACCUCCUUCAGCGAUUAUGCUACACACCGCCGGGAUAGGAUUUUUAGUGGGCAUCGACAUAUACGACUGCGUUGUGGUAAUCAACAGCAGGAAGACCUUGGAGUCGUUUACGAAGAUUCGAGCAACGGUUGGUGGCGAAAUCAGUGCCGUUGCAGGGCCAGUUGGGGUUGGUGGGGUGAUUGAGAGUGAUGGGAAAUGGAAGCAGAUAAACAGGCCAGUGUUCACAUACCUGAAGUCGAGAGGAUUCUAUGCUGGAGUUCAGUUAGACGGCACAGUAAUUAUCGAAAGAACUGACGAAAAUGAGAGGUUCUAUGGCGAGAGGAUAUCCGCAGCGAAUAUCUUGGCUGGAAAGGUCAGAUUCGUACCGAGGGAAACAAAAAUGCUCCUGGAGACACUGAAGCUGGCAGAGGGCCGAUCGGACUACGACCAGGAACUGAUGGAAGAAUUGGAGGAUCAACCCGCCCCAGGAGAUGUCGAUGUCGAGUCAACAACUGUUUUCGGAAUCCCCGAACUAGAUGACCCCGAUCCAUUCGGCGUCCUUGCUUUAGAGCAGGCCGGGUUGGAUAUCAAAGAGGCAGGGAGCCACUCCCGGCCGAGUAGCUCACAGUUUGAAUACAAGCCGAGCCCCAUGAGUCCGAUAUUUCCACACCUAAACCGGAUGAGUAUGGACACAACCGGGGCAGGCAGUCGAGCCAGCUAUAUGAGCAACUCGAAAAGAACCAGCUUACGAACUGUCCGAAGUAUUUCAAUGGGUACACAAACGGACGCGGAUGACUCGUCCAGCGUGCAUGCAAAGACUCCAAUCGAAGCGGCUGAUACUCCUGUGGAAAAAGUUGUAGAACCGCCGGAUGUCGACUACACGCAAAUUGAUCUCGGACCCUACAGUGGCUUCACGAGCUCAAGCCGUGCUUCUGAGUUCAAUGGGAGUGGCACGACUAUAACAGAGCAAGAAUCGCCCGAAGCCCAACACCACGAUGGGGCCGACAAGCAUGCCGAACCCCCAAACCACGAAACGUCCGCGAAGCAUGUGGAACCGCAGCAUCAAGAAAGGUCUGAGAAGGGUACCGAGCCCCAAUAUCGCGAAAGGUCCGAGAAGCGUACGGAACCCCAAAACCACGAAGAUUCCGAGAAGCACGGCGAUAGCGAGGCCGACAAUUAUUCAGACGACGGUUUGGACGACGACGAGCCCGUGGUUUUCGAGGCGGCAGCAGCAACGCAUCGCCCGACCCACAUCAACGUUGUCAAGGCGCGAGGAAAUGUCGUCACCAUCCCACCAAGGCCGACACCACCUCUGCCACCAAGGAGUUCGGCAAGAGGUAGCAGGAGUUUAGUCAAUGGUGUGUGGGAGAAUGGGUCCCCACUUGCUAGCCCGAGGUCGGACAGGUUUUCUCCUCUCUCGAGCCCAAGGGCUGACGGGUUUGAGAUUGCCAAGCUUAACGGGAGCCCAAGCAGUCGGCCUUCAUCGCUCCAGAGCCAGACUGAAAAACCAAAUAGCACAACCGAAAAUGGGGUCAAGGCAGUGGAUGAAGCCAAUGGAGUUAAAGAGAAGAAGUCGAGUGAAGCGGAGGUCCCCUACGGUCGAUAUCUUUCCUCUGGAAACCAGACGAGCAACCCAUAA